AGAUCCCUCACUACCGCAUCGUCCGCCGCUGCCGCCGCCGCCAAGAAGCCCGUCAACUCUCUGCUGCCGCUCAAGUUCGAGCAGAACCUCUACGCCGCCGUCAAGGUCCACAACAGGUCAUACCUCGUCACCAAGGGCGACCUCGUGAACCUGCCUUUCUGCAUGCACGCCGCGGAGAUUGGAGACACCAUCCACUUCUCCAAGAUCGACACCCUCGGCUCCAGAAACUUCACCUACCACGUUGCCGACGGCAUAGACGCCGAUAAGGUCACCGUCACCGGUGUCGUCGUCGAGAAGACGAAAAAACCCAUGACCAUCAAGGAGGUCACCAAGAGGAGAGACAGACACAUCAAACACUCCCUCAGCAAACACGACCUCACCGUCGUGAGAAUCAGCGAGCUCAAAAUCAAC